AUGCAGUUGAGUAUUGGUAAGUGGGCCAUGUUGGCAGCACUAGUGACAAGCAUUGUCACGGCGCGAUCCAACAUGGCAAAGGUCUAUUCGGAGAAGGAUCCACAGAACUACGUGCAGGAGCAUAUGGCUGCCGAGCACCAUAUCGGUGCGUUUGACCUGGCCAGCUUCUUCGCGUUGCAUGACCUGGACCGCAAUGGUAUCCUGGAACGUUCUGAAAUCGAGGCCAUCUAUGGUGUUCACCACUCCCUUUCGCGUAAGCACUCGCCAAAUGCCGAGAUCCACGAUGAGAAGGCUGAUAAGAUUGUGCGUGAAGUCCUUCGCCGCCUUGAUUACAACAAAGAUGGUGUGAUUACACGCGCCGAGUUCCUUCGCGCGGGCAAAGGCGGCCUUCCUCAGUUCCCAGAAUAUGGCAAGAAUGCGCUUGGCCAUCAUUACGACGAUGAAUCAGAAUAUUAUGUUCACCACGAGAGUCUAUAUCACAACCGCCCAGAAGACCAGACGGACGAAGCAUACUCCCACGAAGAAGAUAUCAAGCAUUUUAAUGACCAUGCACGCAUUGAGCGUGAAGAAGAAGAGCGCGAGCGCUUUGCAGAGGGUCUUCCUUCGAUCGAAGAGGAGGCGCGCUUGAAGGCACAGGCCGCUCGGGAAGGCAAAAAAUACGAAAGUCAGUAUGAAAAGCAGUUCUCUCCUGAGAUGGAGGCCAACGCCAGAGAUGGUCGUCCGCGCUACGGCCAGGGUACAAAUGGCUUUGCAAAGCCCAAAGACGAUGCCGAUCGACUGAAGGCGAAUAUGCCUUACAAAUAUCGUAUGAAGAAGAACAGCUUCUUGCGCGAUUUGUAG